AUGAUGUUCUCAUUUCUCUCCCCGCUAGCCAUCUGGGCCGGUUUGUCAGUUGCGCAGACAAGCUCGAGCGUCUUUGACUUCCCGGAGUAUCCGCCCCCUGGCGCACCGGGUCCGAAUGCGACUCUAGCGAAUGCAGUGGGAACGCUUCCUUACGGCCUUACAGCGGCUGACCCUGUUCUGGCGGAAGCCUACAUCCACUAUGAUGAAGGAUAUUUUGGACCUCAGAUCGAGUUGGUUCACGCGUAUUAUAACUAUUGGCCGACGGGCGUCGGGGUGGCCAGUGAUGGGACGGUCUUCACGAGCUUCCCGCGAGGUAAUGAAACGUACACUCUAGCGGUAUUCACGGGCCCCACCACGGAGGCUGCCUGGCCAAAUGAGGACUGGAACACGCCUCCGGCCUUCGCGAAUGAAAGCAAUCCAGGAUAUAGUAUCGCAACCGACAAAUUCAUAUUCGUUCAAUCGGUCGUUGUUGACGGUUUGGAUCGCGUGUGGGCACUCGACACUGGACGCCCACGAGUGAAUGGAACAUACCUCAACGCCGCUGUGCCGGGAGGACCGAAGCUCGUCGGAUUCUACCUGAAUGGGACGAACUUCGUGACUUACACUUUCCCAGACUACGUUGUGUAUGCUGAUUCUUCCAUCAACGACGUGCGCUUCGACCUGCGUGGUGGCGGAUAUGUGUACAUCACGGAUAGUUCGCCCAAUCAUCCCGGCAUCGUCGUGAUCGACCUCGCAACUGGGGAAUCGUGGAGACAUCUAGACUUCUCACCUGCUGUGACGCCGGACCCUGAGUUUGUCCCGGUAUACGAUGGAGUUCCUCUUUACUAUCGUACUAUCCUUCCUCCCAACGCCAUCCAAUUAAUGUCUACGUUCGCCUCUAACGGAAUCGCUCUUGGAGCUGAUGGCGAAUACCUAUACGUGACGCCAAUCUCCAAACGCCGCCUCUACCGCAUCCCGACAUCAUAUCUGAAGCAGCAGCCGUCUUCGGAUAAUCCCUAUGCUUUCAUUAAAGCGAGGCAGGCUGUUGAAGACCUCGGUGGGUCCGGAGGAAACGCCGAUGGGCUGGAGACGGACAGCACCGGAUACAUCUAUGUUAGCUCUCAAGAGCACAAUGCCAUUCAUCGCUUCAAUCCCAAUACGAGCCUUGUUGAGCCAUUCAUCCGCGCUCCUUUCAUACAGUGGGCGGAUACGUUAUCGGUGGUGUCCUUGCAAAAUGGAAGCAACUACUUGUACUUCACUUCGAACCAGUUGUGGCUCUCGCCUGACUAUCAUAAUGGUAGCUGCAGCACGAACUUGCGUACCAAGCCAUUUGCAAUGUUUAGGGUUCCUAUCGAGGGCGGACGCGCUACACAGACUGAUUGA